UCCUGUUGUUCUUUCUAAUGGCAGCCUACACCAUUGCCACGCUUACUGUCUGAAAACAUUAUUCCGACGAUUAUUUCUUUUUUUAUAAACUAGAUAACUUAAAGUUAUAAUUUAAAAUCAUGUCGGGUCGUCAAAACAACAAGCUGCCGAACAACCUGCCGCAGCUGCAGAAUCUGAUUAAAAGAGACCCACAGUCGUACGUAGAAGAGUUUCUACAGCAAUACCGACAUUACCAGUCCAACGUUCACAUCUUCAAACUGCAGCCGAACAAACCCAACAAGGAACUGGCAGACCUCGUCAUGUUUGUAUCUCAGGUCUCUCACUGCUACCUGCAGCAUCUCUCCACUUUCCCCCAAGAGCUGUCCCAGUUGCUAAUGGCUAACCACACAGUUCUUGAGCCAGACUUAAGAAUGACCUUCUGCAAAGCGCUGAUCCUGUUGAGGAAUAAAGACCUCAUCGCCCCGACUGGUCUCCUGGAGCUGUUCUUUGAGCUGCUACGAUGUCAUGACAAACUACUAAGAAAGACAUUGUUCACACAUAUCGUUGCUGAUAUCAAGAACAUAAAUGCCAAGCACAAAAACAACAAAGUGAACACAACUUUACAAAACUUCAUGUACACCAUGCUGAGAGACAGUAAUCCUACUGCUGCAAAGAUCUCCUUAGACGUGAUGGUGGAACUAUACAAAAGAAACAUAUGGAAUGAUGCAAAAACUGUUAAUGUCAUCACAACAGCCUGCUUCUCCAAAGUGACAAAGAUCCUUGUUGCAGGACUUCAAUUCUUCCUUGGCAAAGACGAUGAUGAAAAGAAAGACAGUGAUUCAGAAUCAGAAACAGAGGGAACGUCAGCCAGAGACCUGAUGCUGAAAUACUCCACAGGCAAAAAAACCUCAAAAAAUAAGAAGAAGUUGGAAAAAGCAAUGAAAGUUCUCACGAAACACAAGAAAAAGAAGAAGGUAGAGGUGUUCAACUUUUCAGCCAUCCAUCUAAUUCAUGAUCCACAAGAAUUUUCAGAGAAACUUUUAAAACAGUUGGAAGACUCUAAAGAGCGCUUCGAGGUGAAGAUCAUGAUGAUGGAGCUCAUUUCUCGACUCGUUGGAAUCCAUGAGCUUUUCCUGUUCAAUUUUUACCCCUUCAUCCAGAGGUUUCUACAGCCCCACCAGAGAGAGGUGACAAAGAUUCUCCUGUGUGCUGCUCAGAGCUCACAUCAGCUCGUCCCACCUGAGGUCAUUGAACCCGUCAUCAUGACCAUUGCGAAUAACUUUGUGACGGACAGAAACUCUGGGGAGGUCAUGACAGUAGGCAUCAAUGCCAUUAAAGAGGUGGCAGCUCGUUGUCCUCUCGCCAUCAAUGAAGACCUGCUGCAGGACCUGGCUCAGUACAAGACCCACAAGGACAAGAAUGUGAUGAUGUCUGCGCGGGGGCUGAUCCAGCUGUUCAGGAACCUAAAUCCAAAGAUGCUGAUCAAGAAGGACAGGGGGAGACCAACAGAAGCAUCGACCGAAGCUAAAAUCAAAGAUUAUGGAGAACUUGAAGCUAAAGACUACAUCCCUGGAGCUGAAGUGCUGGAGGUGGAGGAGGAGAAAAAAGAAGGAGAAGAAGAUGAUGAUGGCUGGGAGAGUGCGAGUAUGAGUGACGAUGACGAGGACGGAGACUGGGUGGAUGUUCACCAUUCAUCUGAUGAAGACACAGGAGAAGUGGCGGAGAAGCUUCAGAGCAUACCUGAGGAUGAGAGGAAAGCCAAGGCAGCGGCCGUCAGCGGCAGCAGAUUCCUGACACAGGAUGAAUUUAAGAAAAUCCGUCUGGCUCAGAUGGCGAAAGAGGUCCACGCCGCGCCAGGGAAAGGCCAGAAGAGGCCAAUGGUCGACAGUGAUGAUGAGCAGGAGAGCAGAGGAGAGCUGCUGAGCUUGAGAAAUAUUGAGAAACUGCAUAAAAAACCAAAGUCGGAUAAAGAAACCCGUCUGGCAACAGCUAUGGCCGGAAGGACCGACCGAAAAGAGUUUGUGAGGAAGCGGUUAAAGAUGAACCCACACGCCAGCACCAGUAACAAGGAGAAAAGGAGGACAAAGAACUUCAUGAUGAUGAGACACAGUCAGAACGUGAGGACCAAAGGAAAACGCUCCUUCAGAGAGAAACAGCUUGCUCUACGAGAUGCGCUUCUAAAAAAGAAGAAGCAUUACAAGUAGGGGACGUGGAGAUGAAGCCGGCCAUCACAUGGCCUUUGAAUCUGACCUUUGACCAUGUCAACUAUUUACUGUUAUGGUCUAUCAACAUUGUGAGCAAAUAUUGUAUUAUUUUCAGUGGAUGAUUUACAAUGUUUUAAAAUAAAUCCUCAUGGAAAAAGGGUAUGUUUUGAAAUCACUCAAAA